AUGCAAUGGCAGGGCGCCAGCGCCCGCUGCCGCAGCAACAGCACCGGCAGCACUGUGGACGCUGAGCAGCCAGAGCCGGAGCAGCAGCAACAGCAGCAGCAGCAGCAGCAGCAGCAGCGGCAGCGACAGCAGCAGGAGGAAGCUCUCGUUGCUGCUGCACUUCUGAAGGCCGCACAGCUGGUGCCUGCUUACCUGGGCAUCCCUGCUGCUGCUGCUGCUGCUGCUGCUUCGGACCCUGACUGCAGCAGCAGCAGCAGCAGCAGCUACCAGCAGCAGCAGCUGCUGCAGCAGCUGCAGCAGCAACUCAAGGGAAGCCUCUUGAGAGGCGGAACCACCAACAGCAUUGUGAGGGUUUCGAGGAGAGACAAAAAGGGGCCCUGCUGCCUCAUUCGUUUCUAUGGCCGCAACACCUCUUUGUGGAUUGACCGGCAAAGGGAAAGCGCCGUGUUGAAGCUUUUGGCGAAGGGCGGUGGGGGUAAAACCAUUUUGGCAUCAUUUCAAGGAGGAGUCAUCGAGUCCUGGGUCCCAGGGGUUCCUCUAAACCCUGAGGGUUUGGAGGUUUUUGCAAAUGAAAUUGCUGCAGCAUUUGGGCGUUUGCAUGCAGUGCAGCUGAGCCCUGCAGACCCCGAUGUUGUGCGUAAACCCUAA